AUGACGCUCGUGGAGCAACUGCAGAAUCUCUCCGCCCCCUUCUACCGCGCGCUAUCACGCGCGGCCGUGGGGAAGCGGCCGGUCCCCGCGCUGCCGCUGCUCGUGCUGGCGGUGGUGCUCUCGCUCGCCGUGUGGGCCGCGCCAUGGCUCACCGUCCCCCCCGACAUGCUAGCGUCUCCCGGCCCCACGUCCGCGGAGCUGUACGAGGCAUGGGCGCAGCUCUUCGCGCUCGACUCGCCCUUCCCCCCGUCCAACAUCACCCUGCGCGCAUCGCUUCCCCCCCCGCCCCACCUGGAGGACUGCGCCGCGCGCACUGCCUUCCGCCUCGCCACCGAGCGCACAGGGGGGGGAGGGACGGGCGCGGAAGGGGGAAACGGGGAGGGGGAGGUGGAGAGUGAAGCACCGGAGUGGGCGCGGGCGACUGCGGCGUGUGGCAACGUGCCGCAGCCCCCUUGGGUGAGCCGCUGGCUGGACUUCCCUUAA